AAAGAGAGCAGCCAUGUACAUAAUUUUCUCUCUCGCUUGCUAAAUCUAAAGGUUAUCAUUAAGACAGAUGUGCCCUGCAGAGUGGUUGCCGUGGAGAUCAUUUUACACUGGAGGAACUAUUUGAUUAAAGAGUGGCUAAGACGGAUUUAAAGCAACUGAGAAAGACGUGGCAAAAGCAAAAAGAGAGUGCCCCAAGAAGACAUAAUUUAGGAGAAUUAAGGAUAAGAUGCCCCAUUUUUUCGCUCCUACCAUUCAGCAGUAUCUUCAACGCAGAGCUCUGUUUCUUAAUUGAUUCCUUAUCAAGGACUCUCCAGGAGUGAUCGGAUACAAUGAUAAUCAAUCAACUUACUUUCCUCCUGUUGUUCUGCUUGCUGGGAUGGAGCGGUGCACUGAUCUGGCCUGUGCCUGGAAUUAGCACGUCGGAUCGGGAUGGACAGACUCUACACCGCACUAAACGAGGAUGGAUGUGGAAUAGUUUCUUUCUCUUAGAGGAGUGGACGGGAACUGGAAAGCAGUAUGUUGGAAAGCUUCACUCAGACAUGGACACAGAAGAUGGAUCUGUGAAGUACGUCCUCACCGGAGAUGGGGCCGGAACUGUUUUCGAGAUUGAUGAGAACUCGGGUGAUAUCCACGCCAUCAGGAGGCUUGACAGGGAAGAGAAAGCAUUGUACACACUGAGCGCCAAAGCCGUCAACAAGUCCUCCGGACAGGAUCUGGAGAGGGCCUCGGAAUUCAUCAUCAAAAUCCAUGACAUCAAUGACAAUGAGCCAAAGUUUGCCAAGGACACCUACGUGGCCAGUGUAUCAGAGAUGUCCAGUGUUGGUGCAUUUGUAUUAAGAGUUACAGCCUCUGAUGCAGAUGAUGAAGCAUAUGGAAACAGUGCCAGGCUGGUUUACAGCAUACUGCAGGGCCAGCCAUAUUUCUCAGUUGAACCUGAAACAGGCGUCAUAAGGACAGCGCUUCCGAACAUGAUUCGAGAGAACCGGGAGAACUAUCAGGUGGUGAUUCAGGCUAAGGACAUGGCUGGACAGAUGGGCGGUCUCUCCGGGACCACUACAGUCAACAUCACUCUCCAGGAUGUCAACAACAGUCCUCCUCGAUUCCCGCACAGUACCUACCAUCUCUCCACUCCAGAGUCGGCUGGAAUCGGAUCACCGGUGGGCCGGAUCAACGCGUAUGAUGCGGAUGUGGGAGAGAACGCAGAGAUGUGGUACACCAUCCUGGACGGCGACGGGCAAGACGUGUUCAAUAUCAUCACGGACAGCACCAGCCAGGAAGGGGUGAUAACAGUGAAGAAGCAACUAGAUUACGAGAGUAAGAGGUUGUACUCACUACGGGUGCAGGUGACCAACACACAUAUAGAUCGACGCUUUGAGCUACUGGGGCCUUUCAGCGACACGGCGAUUGUCCGGAUCACAGUCACGGAUGUGGACGAACCUCCGGUCUUCAGUCGGACUCUGUACAUUUUUGAGGUGGAUGAAGACACCCCUGCCGGCAGCUCGGUUGGCACGGUGUCAGCUCGAGACCCUGACACAAUCAAUCACCUGGUCAAAUACACCAUCGAUCGACACACAGAUCUGGAGAGACUGUUUAGCAUCGAUUCCAACAAUGGGACCAUCAGCACACUGCAGGCUCUGGACAGAGAAUCUUCCAAAUGGCACAACAUCUCUGUUCUGGCAACCGAACUCAGUACUGCCCUGCAAACCAGAGUGCCGGUGUUUAUCAAAGUGCGCGAUGUGAAUGACAAUGCACCUGAAUUCGCCAUGUACUACGAGACCUUUGUCUGUGAGAAUGUCAAAGCUGGUCAGCUCAUCCAGACCAUAAGUGCUGUGGACACUGAUGAGCCUCUUGUCGGGCACAAGUUUGUUUUCAGUCUAAGCUCCAUCAAUCCAAACUUCACCAUCUUCGACAAUGAAGACAACACAGCGCGGAUCCUGACCCGCCGGGGCGGCUUCAACAGGAGAGAGAUGAGCGCAUACCUGCUGCCUGUUGUCAUCUCAGACAACGAUUACCCCAUCCAGAGCAGUACCAGCACGCUGACGGUCCGUGUCUGCGCCUGUGACAGCCGUGGGAAUGUACAGACGUGCAGCACCGAAGCCCUGCUGCUCUCAGCCGGACUCAGCACUGGAGCCCUGGUGGCCAUCUUACUCUGCAUUUUAAUACUACUGAUGAUUGUGGUAUUGUUUGCGGCCCUGCGGCGUCAAAAGAAAAAGGAGCCCCUGAUCAUCUCAAAAGAAGACGUCAGGGACAACGUGGUCAGCUACAACGAUGAGGGCGGCGGAGAGGAGGACACGCAGGCCUUCGACAUCGGAACCCUGCGGAACCCUGAGGUCAUCGACACCAACAAACUCCGCCGGGACAUAAUGCCCGAAAUGCUGUUCCCCUUCCGCCGCUCGUCUCCCAUCAAAGACAACACGGAUGUGAGGGACUUUAUCAAUGGACGACUGCAGGAAAAUGACUCAGAUCCCACAGCACCCCCUUAUGACUCCUUGGCUACCUAUGCCUACGAAGGCAACGGAUCUUUGGCGGAAUCCCUCAGCUCUCUAGAAUCAGCCGCCACUGAGGGGGACCAAGAGUUUGAAUAUCUGAGUCACUGGGGUCCACAGUUCAAAAAACUGGCAGAUAUGUAUAUAGAGCAGGAGUCCCAGAGAGAGACUUAAAGUAGAUAUGCAACACAGCACACUUAAAUAAAUCUCAGAGCACUAAAUUAACACAUACGUACUGAAGUCUCCCUCUGUUCUCUGCUGUGUAACGCAUAUAGACAAAUUUACAAAGACUUGAACAUCGCGCUCAACUACUGGGAACUCUUCACAUAGACAUUCUCUUUUCUCUUCGUUUACUUUAACUUUGUCCUCUUCUUCUGGU